AGAGCGCGCAGAUCACUUCAGGUCUGGAUCUGCUGUGAAUGAACUGUUCACUGUUCAGGACUCAUCUGAUCAUCUGACUGGAUUCUGUCACGCUGUUGGAAACAUCUAAAUUCAUCUCUGUCCGCUUCCAGCACCCAUCCAGAGGCGUUUAAGUGUGACUUUUGUUUCUGUUUUUAUGACUGAAGAAGGAAAGAACGGAAGAAAGACUCGAUAAUUUUAGGUUAAAGUUAGUUUUCUUCUAUUGUCAUAUGAAGGAUAUGGGCAGAUGUGGAAAUAUUGCGUUUUGCGCGAUUGUGCUCUUCUACUGUUCUUUGAUUACAGGUGAUUACCGCUGCGUGGUGUCCUCAUCACUUCUCACCUCUGUGAAGAGAAGAGUCGGCGUUUCUGACGUCAACAUGACCUCGUCCCUGCAGUCCGAGACUCCCAUCAGUAAUCAGACCCAGUCCUGGACUAACCACAGCAGCAGUACCGAGCCCACGCCUGGCACCGGCUCCACGGCAGGGACGGUGGCGAACUCACCCACUCCAACGGAGAACCUCACUUUCCCGGGGAACAUCACAGACAGUCGAAAUGGGUCUGAUGUGUCACCUGUGGAUAAUCAGACAGCAGUUACCAUGGCAGGGCCUACAACACCUACUACACUCCUGCCAUCAACGACCCAUGAGCUCACGAGCACCGUCCACAUCAUCACCACCAUCCACACGACUCCUCCUGAAACCACCAGAGCUCCAGAAGUGACCAGCUCAGGGUCGACGAGCGCUCAUCCCAGACAGAAAUCAUCUCCGACAACGUCAUCAUCCGCGGUCAACACACAGAUGUCCACGAGCAGCAGUCCCGUCCAGGCCAAAGCCCACGUGGAUACACCCUCGGCACUGAACGUCGGAGACGACGGCAAUAACAAAGUGUCCACUGACCCACUUCUGGCUGGACUGGUCUCCGCGUUUGUUGUUGUUGCUGCCAUUGUGUCGGUCCUCAUAUUCCUGAAGUUCAGAAACACAAAUGACGGCCCACAGUUUAGCAGACUUCAGGAUCUCCCCAUGGACGACAUGCUGGAGGACGCCCCUCUCUCCAUGUACAGCUACUGAAAAACAGAGACGCUCCUCGGAUAUCUUCAGAGCGCCCAACAUCCUCUGUUCAACACAAGAAAGACAGAUUUGAAUGGCUCAUGUGCUUCAUAGAGGCACAAACACUCCUGUUGUUUCUGUUACAGGACUACAUGUAGCGUAAUACUCCACUUCAGUUGUUAAAUUCACCGUGUGCCGUCAGUGCCUGUUUGUUGGGUUGUAUUCUUGCACUUUACGUGGGUUUUGGGAAGGGUUGUGUGCUGGAGCUGUUUUUGGCUCCAUGUGUUCAUUUGUUUCUCUGAUAGCCGUGUCGUCUCCGGAUCUACUUCAGUCGUGUGUUCGUUACAUUCUGUUUAAUUCUAACUUGCUGCUUUGUUUUGCUGAUCUUGGUUUUGUUAAAGAAAUGCUCCACCUCUCGGUCAGCAACAGUCAUGUUUACAGUAGUGCACUUCUAAUGCAAGUCUAUGAGGCUCUAAAAUAAACAAUUAAAAUGCAUUUUUCAACUGUACAGCCACAAAAAUACACAAAUAAUACACAUUAACAUGAGGCUAGUGUGAUUAAACAGUUUACUAACCUUGUCGGUGUAAAGUUUUUUUGUUUUCCAGCUCCUGAAGAGUCUACACCCUGUAACAUUUGCAUGACACACACAAGAACAGACUUGAUAGCAAAUGCAUUACUGUAAACUGAUUUUGCUUAUUUUUACAAACUGAGGGAUGAACAGCUGAAAUAUUAAAAUGUUGACCCGUAUCGAACCCGUAACAUUUCUUUAAUACUCCAUGAACAGCAUCAGUUAUGAUUUUCCAGUGGUAAUUUCACUUUGUUCUCUGCUUCGUUCCCAAAGAUGUUUCCACUUCUGAUAAAUACUAUUUGUGUUGGUCAUAUAAAUGUUCACUCACUUAAAAUGUCUUCAAAUAGACAAAACAACAACGGUGAAAAUGCAAUUGGCUCUUUUAAGCAAAACAACUAAAUUUUCCUGCUUUUAAAAUUAAGUUUUAAGAUAAAAAAAUAUCUAUUUCGGUGCGCAUUUUAACAGGCAGACAACACUGUCAACGCACAGUAAUACGUUUAGCCAUAGUUUUAAAGGGAUAGU